AUGUCCAAGGAGACAAUCGUAGUGAUCGGAGCGGGCGUCAUUGGCCUUUCCACCGCCCUAUGCAUCCAACAACACCUAACUCCUACGCAAUCCAUCCUACUCGUAGCCCGCGACUUCCCAUCGGAAACUUCCGUCAACUACGCCUCACCGUGGGCAGGAGCCCACUACCGUCCAGUACCAGGCUCCUCACCACAGGCCCUGAGGGAGGCGGACCAAGCGCAGCGCACGUACGAGUUCCUGAAGUGGACUGCGGCCGCUGAGCCCGGCGCGGGCAUCAACUUCGUCGAGGGCAUUGAGCACCUCGAGGCUCCGCCACCGGAGUACCUGGAUCACCAGAGCGAGGUCCCGGCUGGCGUGGUGUGGGGUGUGAAGUACGGGACGUAUGUGAUCAACUCGCCUGUUUACUGUGCGCAUUUGCUGCGCAAGUUUGUUCUCAAGGGAGGCGAGACGAGGCAAUAUACGCUUGCCAAUUUGAAGGAGGCGUUUAGUAUGGCGGAGAAUGUGAAGACCGUGGUGAACUGCUCCGGAAGCGGGUUUGAGGACCCAAAGUCGUUUAUUAUCAGAGGUCAAACCUGUCUCGUCCGUAACCCCGUCUCGAAGACCAUUACUCGACAGAAUACGGAUGGCUCAUGGUCCUUCUGUAUCCCGCGUCCCCUCGAAGGUGGAACCAUUAUUGGAGGCACGAAGGAGCCGAAUAACUGGGACCCGAACCCGUCGCUGGAAACUAGGCAGCGCCUCCUUGCUAACGCAACCAAGUGGUUCCCUUUCACGCCAGAAAGUGGUGGCCAGUUCGAUGUGAUUCGCGAUAUUGUUGGUAGGCGGCCGGCUCGUGAGGGCGGUUUGCGCAUCGAGGCGGAGAAGCUCGCUGAUGAUCGGUAUAUCGUUCAUGGGUAUGGUGCUGGUGGUCGCGGGUUUGAGUUGUCUCGUGGUGUUGCGGAAGACAUCGUCGCCGCGAUGCUCGAGAAGAGGCUGCUGCAGGCUAAAGCCUCGCUGUAA